AUGAACUCCCACCCCUCCGGAAACUCAGGCUCGCUCUCAGAUACCCUCAAGGGUUACAUGAACGGAGCCAUCGAGCAAGCCAAGAUUCUCGGACACAAGGCCCAGGAUCAGUUCAGCCACGUCAUGGGCCAACCUCACGAAGCCGCCACCCAUUCCACCCAGCAGCAGUCCGACACUACCACUUUCGGUUCCGUUGCUGGUGCUCAACACCAAGCCCAGGCCAACUCCCAGCCUGGUGCCCAGCUGGGUAUGAGCAACCCUCAGACUGGUGGUCAGCUAGGUAUGAGCAACCCCCAGCCUGGUGCCCAACUGGGUAUGAGCAACCCCCAGCCUGGUGCCCAGCUGGGCAUGAGCAACCAGGAUGCAUUCAGUGACGUGAACCAGUUCAACACCCAGGCUACUGCUGAUAACGCCGCCAAUCAGGCCAAGAGGGCUGCCGCAAACACCGCCUACAAGGCUUCUCAGACCACCCUCUAA